AUGGUCAGUGGCCGGACUUUCCUCCUCGCAGCCGCCUGCUGCUGUGCCUACCUGUGGCUCGUCCGUGCGGAUGAGUCCUCACUGGAGACACGCUCCUUAGACUUCCCACUGAAAGCCCAGGAGGAGAAAGACCUGAUCGAUGCGUUACAAGAGGUUCUUGAGAAGCUACGCAGCAAAGAAAUGCCUUCUGAGAAAAAGCUUGGCUGGUUGCCUUCAUGUGAUGCAGGGGAACCAUGUGCUGUGCGUAAAGGCGCACGGAUCGGCACACUGUGCAGCUGCCCCAGGGGGACUUCCUGUAAUUUCUACGUUCUCAAAUGUUUGUGA